CUGAUGAUGCAGGAGCUACUAGAUUUCAUGUAAUAAUCGAUGCUCGUCGACACCCCACGGAGACUUUACUUUCAAAUGAAAUGAAGGCUUGGCAAGGACCCGCCAUAUUAAUCUUCAACAACGCAAAAUUUAAAAAAAGCGACUUUGAUUCGCUUAUGCAGAUCCGUGUUGGCGGAAAACAAGGUGAUGAUACAAAGAUUGGGAAGCAUGGAUUGGGCUUUAAUUCAUGCUAUCAUUUUACCGACGUUCCAAGUUUCGUCAGUGGAGAUUAUAUUGCGUUUUUGGAUCCACAUCAGAAAUAUCUGUCAACAAAAGAGCGUGGUAGUAUCGGAACUAUUCCCAAAGAUGGCAUCAAUGGAUUCCCUGAAAGAGAUCAAUUGAUUCCUUACGAAGGUAUCGAAGGCAACAAUUUUCGUUCAACCUUCGAAGGAACACUAUUUCGAUUACCAUUCCGACAACAACCAAGUGAAAUAUCUGAUAGUAUUUUUUCUACUGUUGAUGUUCUUCGAUUAGUUAACAGCAUUAAAUCAAAUGCUGCCUCACAAUUUUUAUUUCUCCGGAAUAUUGAAACAUUUGAAGUAUCUCACAUACAAGGAGGUACAUCACCACAACAAAUGGUUCCUCUUUGGAAAGCAGCCAUAAUAGGAUUAAAUGAUGAUGUACGAAAUAAAAGAAAACGUAUUAGCAACGAUGAACUUCAAAUUUAUGAGAUGAAGGUUGAAUUAAUUGACAGUGCAAAUAAACAAAUAGAUCAUUGGAUUAUCGCUACUGGAGCUCAAAAAGAUCCAGAAGAUCCUCAGCUGAAACAAUAUGCAAAGCGACAUCGAUUACGUAUAUUAGGUGGUAUUGCUGCACAGCUAAGUAGUUCUAAAAAAAGAAUCCAUACUUCGGACCAACCAAUUAAUCUUUUUGGAAAUUUAAGUGAAGUUCCAAGUGAAUUUAAGGGUAGAAUGUACUCUUUUCUUUCAUUACCUGACAUUACAAAUUUACCUGUUCAUUUAAGUGGAACCUGGGCUCAAAGUUCGGACCGUGCGAGGUUACUAAUUGAAAAGGAUGACACACCAGAUAUCGAUCAUCAGAAACUUAGAUGGAAUAGACAUAUCUUGCUUGAGUUCUUACCAAAAAUUCAUUGUGGACUCCUAAAAGAAAUUAUCGAAUUGCAGAAAAGUAAAAAAAUUAAUCUAGAAAGUAAGCCCACAUCAAAAUUCUGGCCAUUCCCACCCAUUUCCCGAAAUCAUCCAAGGUAUACAGUUGAAUAUGGUUGCAAGGUACUCCAACAUAUGUUACAAACCAAAGACAUCUUUCCGUUGAUUGCUGAUGGCAGUUAUGAACACAGGAGUAAUAGCGUGGACAUUCUCUUCAGUACCUUAGCACGUUCCCAAAUCGAAGAUCUCCGUAAUUUAUUGCGAAAUAACUGGGAUGAAAUAGGAGUGAAAUAUGAUCAUAAUCUUAAGACAAUGAUCCUUUCAUUGCCUAUGUGGCCAGUGCGCAUAAGUUCAUUAGAUCAAGUAUCAAAGCCAGCUUUAAAGCCAGUUUCAUGUGGAUAUAUUUUGCCAAAAGAAGUAGACUUAUAUAAGUUGAAGAAUAAUACAACAUAUUUGUCUUAUUCUGAUGAACUUGAUGAACGAAUUUUGGCAGAUCUUAAUGUUCCUCAUCGGGAUGUAUUCUCCUAUAUAUUUGAGGAUGUUGAAUUUCCUAAAAAAUUUGAUGAUCAAUAUAUGAUGUUUCUAAAAAGUAUACUCAAAUAUGACAAAGAUACGCCUUAUCGUAGAAUUAUCCAUGGUUUAAAGGGAAGGCGUUGUUUCCCUACAGAUAGUAGAAAAACAUUGAAGAAAAUUUCCGAUCUAUAUCAUAACAGCACGAUUUUUUAUACCGUUUUUGCAGACUCAGACGUUUUUCUUCAUCCGGAUCUUAAUGAAUAUUCAGCAGAGUUAUCAGUUAUUGGAUACAAAAAUAGAAUCAACCAAGAAACAUUCAAUAAAUGCGCAGAAAAAAUCGAAGAAUAUCAAAAUCAACGCAAUCCACCGUCUGAUUUACGAUAUCGAGGUUUUGUCUUGGUUAAUUGUCUUUAUAAUAAUUUUCAAUAUAUUAAAUUAGAUAGUGUUGAACGAAUUCCAUUCGUUCCGGUUGCAAAAAGUUUAGACGAUCCUUAUAAAAUGUAUUAUAAACCCCCUAGAGAUUUAAAUUGUUUUAAAGAGAUAAUCCUUCCUAAGUAUAAAGAAAUCGCAUGGAGCCAAAAAUCAUUGGUCGCAGAAGAUAUUAUACCACCACCAUUUGUACUCUCAAAAUAUCCAUCACUUGGUAAACCGGAUGUUUUUACCGUAGUUAAACAUCUUCGUUUUUUGCAUGAUACCCUUUUAAAUGAUGAGAUGUGGAAAAAUGAUUGGGGAGAUACAUUCAAACAUAACGUUUAUGAAGUUUAUAAGUGGCUUGACGAAGAAUGUUCAAAUGAAGAUAUUAAUUUGAGUCAAUAUAUUGCACAAAACGAACCAUUAUUCCUUAAUUUUCAUAAGGACUCGAAUCCAUUUAAUCCAGAAAACUGGUGUUCAGCAAGUGAUUUAGUUUUGAACAGUGAACCAGGAGAAAGGAAGUACGUCAGUCCGUCACUUUCCAAAUUUUCUAAUAUGCUCAAAUGUGCAAACGUCCGAGAAAUAAAACCACCAAAUGUAGAGAUACAUGUCAGAUUACAUAAUCAAUUUAAUUUUACCAAUUCGAUGUUUGAAUUCCUAUUGAAUCAAGAUCAGGCAACUUUCUUGCAUGACGUAGUCUUUAAUGUGAGCGGAGAAAUUAUAAGAACAAAUCGAUAUAUGCUCGCGGCUACCUCAAACUUUUUUCGUGAGAAAUUCAUGUCAAGAGAUUUUGCGGUAUCAAGUCCAGUCAAUCCGGUUACGAUUGUGAUUGAAGAUGUCAAUCCAAACUCAGUACGUGUCUUGCUGCGUUACUUAUAUGGCCAGAGUAUCGAAUAUGCAAUUCAAAGUUUAAAUGGGAUCGAUAUAAAUCCAUCCCUGGAAAUGAUAAUAUAUGAAGACUUACUAAAGUUGGCAAAUUCUUAUGAAUUAGACCAUUUGAAAGAUCUUAUGGAAUUGAAGCUCUCGCGAUUAGUUUCGAUAUCAAAUGUGGCUUUUAUGAGACAAUUGGCAAUAAAUUUGAAUGCUCAUCAGCUUGAAAAAUAUUGCCAACAAUUUAUCAUUGAUUAUAAAGAUUUGAUGUAA